AUCUGACAUCACCACGCGUCUUUCUUCUUAGUUCCCACAAAAAACCGACACGGUUUCCUUUUCCCAAUUUCCUUCGACUGCAAGAGUUCCCCCAUUCUUCUUUGCUUAAUAACCAACAGUUCUCCAAUUUUUUCCUUCGCCCUCAUCACCUAAAAACCAACCAAUUGAUCAAUUUGCUUCCAAAGCUCGAAACUUUCCUGAAAAAUGGAGGCUUCAAGGAAAAAUCCCCUGUACCCAGAAGUAAUCCUCUCCAACCCCGAAAGACCUAUUGCCACAACCUCUUCCUCUUCCGCUCCCUCCGCCCCAUCUCUUUACCCGACGAUCUACAUGUCGGAUCUCGCCGAGAAUCUCUUCGCCGAGAACGAAGCCGCCCUGGCGGAGCCGGCUCCACACGAGGAGCUUUUGAUCAGGAUCCCGGGCGCCAUAGUGCACUUGAUUGAGAAGGACCACAGCGUGGAGCUGGCCUGCGGGGCUCUGGACAUAGUUACCUUCAAGCAGGGGGGAACAGUCAUCGCGGCAUUUUGUCGAAUAGGUGGCGACAUUCAGUGGCCGCUGGCGAAAGACGAGGCCGCAGUGAAGCUCGACCAGUCCCACUACUUCUUCUCGCUUAGGGUUCCUUCGGGGAGUCAAGAAUUCAGUGAUGAAGAGGAGGAAUCGAGGGGAAGUGGGAAUCAAUUCGAGGUCUUGAACUACGGUGUUACCUUUGCGUCGAAAGGGCAGGAGGGUUUGUUGAAGGAAUUGGAUAGGGUGUUGGAGAGUUACAGUGCGUUUUCGGUUCAGGAAGUGAGGGAGAAAGGGAUCGAUGGGAAUGUGGCCAGGGAGACUACGCCAGAGGAGUUUGGGAAAGAAGGGAAGAAGAAGGAGUUGAUGAAGGAAAACUCUGCGGCUUAUUGGACUGUUCUGGCACCAAAUGUGGAGGAUUACAGCAGCUCCCUUGCUAGGAUGAUUGCGGCAGGAUCGGGGCAUGUGAUCAAGGGGAUUCUGUGGUGUGGGGAUGUGACUACUGAUAGAUUGAAAUGGGGGAAUGAUUUCUUGAAGAAGAGGUUGAAGAAAGGUGACACUGUGGAGGUCAGUCCAGCAACUCUGAAAAGGAUCAAAAGGGUUAAGAGGCUGACAAAAAGUUCGGAAAAAGUAGCUGUUGGACUCCUAUCUGGUGUGGUCAAAGUUUCUGGUUUCUUUACAAGUCCCAUUGUUAACUCUAAAGCAGGGAAGAAGUUUUUCAGCUUUUUGCCUGGAGAAAUCGUCCUUGCUUCAUUGGAUGGAUUCAACAAGAUUUGUGAUGCUGUUGAAGUUGCUGGAAAGAAUGUCAUGUCAACCUCAUCAACAGUCACAACUGGGCUCGUCUCCCAUAAGUAUGGAGAACAAGCAGCAAAGGCGACGAAUGAAGGGUUUGACGCUGCAGGGCAUGCCAUUGGCACUGCCUGGGCUGUGUUUAAGAUAAGGAAGGCUCUAAACCCGAAGAGUGCUUUCAAGCCAACAUCUUUAGCCAAAGCAGCUGUAAAGGCUAGUGCUUCGGAUCUCAAGUCUAAAUCCUCGAAGUAAGGAUAGCCAGAGUUCGAUUGGUGUUGGUUGUUGUUUGGUUUGGUUUUUUUUUUUUUUUAUGUACAAGGGAUGGUGGGAUUUGUUUGUAACCAUAGAUAUCAGAUUUGCUAGUGUUGAACUGAAACAGAUUAUGUGCUCUCUCCUCAUUUUGUAAUCAAUGGCUUCACCUGAGCUCCAAUGUGUAAUGCAUUAAUCUUAAAACACUUCAUUUUUAUUCAUAAAAAAAAAAAAAAACUUCAUUUUCGACA